AUGACAAGAGUGAUUCAGGAUUUAAAGAUGCAGGGCAUCCUGGAGAAGCCAGCAGUGGUGGAUCCCGUUUUCUUCUCCAAAAUGUUUUUAAUAAAGAAGGCGGAUGGGGGAUUGAGACCCAUCUUCGACCUCAAGGCUUUGAACAGGUACAUAGCCACAAAGCAUUUUUACCUAAUUUCACAAUUAGACAUAGUUACCUUUCUUCAAGCAAACGACUGGAUAGUGAAGAUAGAUCUUCAUCAAGCCUAUUUCCAUUUGUGUGUCGCGGAGACUCACAGACGGUUUUUGAGGGUUGUUUACAAUGGAGAAAUUCUCCAGUUAACUGCUCUGCCAUUUGGCCUAUCAUCGGCGCGUGUAUUUGCGGCAGUCUCAAACUGGGUGGCAGAGAUCCUCAGGAAUCGAGGCAUUCGUCUUUUGGUCUAUUUGGACGACUUCCUCCUAGCUUGUCAGGACAGAUCCAAGUUAAUGGCACAAGUUGCGGAAACGUUGGCCGUCUUGGAGUCUUUGGGAUGGCACGUGAAUUACCAGAAGUCGGUGACGGAACCAACACACAGUUUGGAAUACUUGGGCCUGGUCUGGGAUACUCAGUACCUAACAAUCGCCUUGCCCAUCAGAAAAGUAGAAGGAAUAAAAGCCUCCCUGACAAAGCUAUUAAAGCGGGACAACUGCUCGUUAAGAGAGUUGCAGAGCGUGUUGGGAAAACUAAACUUCGCCAACUAUGCGAUUCCCCAGGGCCGUCUUCACUGUCGAAAGGCCCAACUCUUCCUGAGAAAGUUCUCCCGGAGAAACCAGAAGAGAAACUUGAGUUCCGGAGUGCGAGAGGACUUCCGGUGGUGGUUGGAAGCAGUAGAGGGCUGUCCAAACCCGUUACUCAAGAAAGAGGUAACGCAUUUCUUGACCACAGACGCAGCGGAUGCGGGCUGGGGAGCAAGUCUAAACAGCAAGUAUCUCUCAGGCAAAUGGGCCACGAACCAAAAAGCCUGGCACUCGAACCUAAAAGAGAUGUAUGCCGUUUAUGCGGUAAUAAGGUCACAGGGGUCAUUGUUACAGAAUGCCCACAUUUUGGUUCAGACCGACAAUCGGACUCUAGUAGCGUACAUAAGGAAUCAGGGCGGGACUCGGUCCUUGAAGCUGUUAGGCCUAACAACCCAGUUGUUAGAGUUGACUUGUCGGCUGAACAUAACGCUGACAGCGUACCACCUGCCAGGAAACCUAAACGGCAUUGCAGAUUGCCUGUCAAGGGGAAAGUCAGUACCCGAGUGGCACCUGCUGCCACCAGCCACGGAGGCAGUGUUCAGACAAUGGGGGGUUCCAGAAAUAGAUCUCUUCGCUACAAGAGACACGGCAGUAGUUUCAAGGUAUGUCAGUCUAGACUCAAGGGAUGGCUCCGCAGAGUUCUGCGACGCCUUCAGCCAAACUUGGGACUUUCAGACAGCUUGGGUAUUUCCACCUCCAAGCAUGAUGCCCAGGGUUCUGGCACAUCUGAACAAGGCCAGAGGGACAUACAUUGUGAUAGCGCCACAGUGGACCCAGUGCUUUUGGUUUCCCGACCUGAAGACACGCGCGCAAGUACCCCCACUUCCCAUAGAGAACCUGAGGGAGGUGCUGCUGGACAGGACGACGGGACUACCUCCACCGUCAGUGGACAAGCUAGUACUUCAGGCUUGGAAAAUUGGGGGUGGGGAGAUCAAGUAAAGGACUGGAGCAGAGACGAACAAAGAUUGUUGAGAAGUAGCUGGCGCCCCUCCACUAUUAAUACAUAUAGUGCACCUUUAAAAAGAUGGAUACUUUGGUGUGAAUCCCAUGGAGUGGAUAAUAAGUGCCCAGAGGGCAAGGACCU